AUGAAACAGCUUCAGAGGGAAGUGGAGGAAAACUUGACAAUGAAUGACUUAAAGUGGUGGCAGAGGGCAAAGCAACACUGGUUCAAACUUGAUGACAGAAAUACCAAGUACUUUCAUAUGCAAGCCAGCCAAAGGAGGAAAACCAAUACUAUCAAAGCAAUAGAGGAUCCAAAUGGGAGAACUAUCACUGAACAGAUAGAGAUUGGGGCAGUCUUCAUAGGGUAUUUCUCUUCUCUCUUUACUACUUCUCAGCCUUCUAACUUUGAUGAGUGUUUAAGUGCCAUGGAUACUAAGCUAGCAGGGGAUAUGAAGACCUGGCUUAUGAUUCCCUUCAAUAGAGAGGAUAUCAGAGCUACUGUUGUACAAAUGAACCCAUUGGGGUCUCCUGGCCCCGAUGGUUUUCCAGCCCAUUUUUACCAAAAACACUGGGAAGUAGUGAGUGAAGAUGUGUACAAGCUAGUCCUCCAAACCCUUAAUCAUGGUGGUUCCAUUUAUGAGUUAAAUGACACACUCAUUACUCUAAUUCCCAAAGUCAAGAGCCCUAAAAGAGUUACUGAUUUUAGACCCAUCAGUCUCUAUGACAGCCUCUUAUUCUUCAAAGCAGCUCCUGAGGAACUCAGCUGUGUACUUAAUAUUCUUAGCCAGUAUGAGAAGGCAUCUGGACAGGUUUUGAACAAGGAAAAAUCGUCUAUCUUCUUUAGCAAGAAUACAAGCCAGUCGACACAAAUUCAGUUGUUGCAAGUAGCAGGGAUUAAAUCUUCUGGGACCUUUGAAAGGUAUCUGGGCCUUUCUGCACUGGUGGGCAGAGCAAAAGUAGCCACAUUUCACUCCCUCAUAGACAGAACCUGGGCUCGUAUAGCCAACUGGAAGACAAAGCACCUUUCUGGAGCUGGGAAAGAGGUUCUUCUAAAAGCAGUCUUGCAAGCCAUCCCUACUUACACCAUGGGGAUGUUUCUUCUUCCUUUGUCCAUCUCUAACAAGCUGAAUCAAAUGCUCAGACAGUUCUGGUGGGGAUUUGAUGAGGAGACCUCAAAAAUACAAUGGGUCAAUUGGGACAAGAUCAACAUUGAAAAUGGCUCAGGAGGCCUUGGCUUCAGAGAUUUGAGGCUAUUCAAUUUAGCUUUACUUUCCAAACAAGGGUGGCGUAUUAUACAAAAUCCAUCCUUCCUGAUGGCCAAGGUUCUUAAGCAGAAGUAUUUCAGUAGAGUGGAUUUCACAGAAGCACAGAUGGGAUCAAGGCCUUCCUUUGUAUGA